AUGCAUUUCAAGAUUGCACUGAAUGCGAUUAAUGCUCGUAUAAAUCUACUUUGUGAAAAGCCUUUCGCUUUAAAUGUCGAUCCGAAUCGCAUUCUGAUUGAAGCAUCUCGCAAGAUGGGAGCUUUGUUGGUGGAAGCAUCCAUCUGGACACGAUUCUUCCCAGCUAUCACUGAGCUGCAGUCCAUACUUCAUGAGAAAAAAGUGAUUGGAGAUAUAUCUCGAGUCUUCGUUGACUUUGUACUUGAGAUGUCUCUUUCAAAGCUGCCCCCUGCCUCGAGAUCCGCAGAUCCGGCACUCGUGGCUGGUGUGCUCCUUGAUAUCGGCGUCUAUACCCUAACCUGGGCCGAUAUCAUAUUGAAAGGCUGUUUACCGGAAUUUGAGAAAUGCCAGAAGCCAGAAGCGCUAUCAAGUAUGAGUUUCUGCAACGGAACCGAUGAAAUUACCAGCAUCAUCAUGAACUAUCGGGACAUGAAUGCUGAAGCUAUUUGUACAUCAAGCUACUGUUAUAGUUCCAUCGGUGGAAUCGCCGGGUCUAAUCCUGAGUACUUGGCGAUCUGGAAAUUGGGCAAGGGCUUUUUCUACGAGCAAGAUGAUGUGGGAGAGGAUGCUAUGGCUGGAAGGACAGAGAGCGGCAUUGUUUUAUGGCAGAAGAUGGAAAAUACAAUGGUGCUCGUGGAGAGUAUCAGAUUUGCCAAUGGCUUGAACGCCAUUGAUUGUCGAGCUCUCGCCCGUACAAAUGCCUAUGCUUGA